GCGCCGGGCCUUGCUGCGAGGCGUUUCCAAGCCGGGCCGGGCCCGGGCGGCUCCUUGGUGGUGAGAAGCGGCGUCGAGUCGGGCGGCGGCACCAUGAGCGUCGGCGGCUCGGACCGCAACGAGGAUUUCCACCAGCAGCUGCGGCUGCAGGAGCUCUACGAGCGGAAGGAGGGCGAGGGCGGCGACGAGCCCUUCACCUACACCGACCCCGCCGACGGCACCCAGUACGAGUGGGACCGCGACAAGAAGGCCUGGUUCCCCAAGAUCACCGAAGAUUUCUUGGCAACGUACCAUGCUAACUACGGCUUCCCCACCGAAGGCUCCGAUAUCUCGGCCUCCUCUGCAAAGACUGACUCGAAAGCCUCACCGGAUUCCAAGGCCGCCAAGGCUCGGCCGCCAGGAGAAGGCAGACCGUCACAGCAGCUGCUCCCGCCGGACCUUAAACAGAAAGGGGAAAAACGGAAAGCCGAAGCAGGAUGGUUUCACGUGGAAGAACAGAGAAAUACAAACGUUUAUGUCACAGGUUUACCGCCUGACAUCACGAAAGAUGAGUUUGUGGAAGUUAUGUCGAAAUGUGGCAUCGUUAUGCGCGAUCUUCACACAGAGGAACCCAAAAUUAAACUUUACAAAGACAAAGAAGGGAACCUUAAAGGCGACGGGCUCUGUUGUUACUUAAAGAGAGAAUCUGUUGAACUUGCGCUGAAAUUGCUGGAUGAGAAAGAAAUCCGUGGCUACAAAUUGCAUGUGGAAGUCGCCCAGUUCCAGCUUAAGGGCGAAUAUGAUGCCAGCAAGAAGAAAAAGAAAUGUAAAGAUUACAAAAAGAAACUCUCCCAGCAACAAAAACUGCUGGAUUGGCGGCCGGAGAAGAAGGAGGGGAGUGUGAGAUUGCGAUACGAGAGGGUUAUCAUCAUCAGAAACAUGUUUCAUCCCAAAGAUUUUGAGGAGGAUCCCUUAGUGCUAAAUGAAAUCCGGGAAGAUCUACGGACUGAAUGUGAAAAAUUCGGCCAAGUAAAGAAAGUCCUUAUAUUUGACAGGCAUCCUGAUGGGGUAGCAUCCGUGUCCUUCAAGGAUUCCGAAGAGGCUGACGUUUGCAUACAGGCACUGAACGGGCGGUGGUUUGGCGGGCGGCAGCUCUCGGUGGAAACGUGGGACGGUGUAACGGAUUAUCAGAUUGAAGAAACUUCCCGGGAAAGAGAAGAGAGACUCAAAGGGUGGCAAGAAUUUUUAGGGGAUCCCAAUCAAGAACUGCCUAAAAAGCCACCGGAUGCCAAUUCUUCAGAAAGCGGCCCUCAAGCGGCCAAGAGAGACCCCCCGUCUCAAGACAACGGGGCCGCCGAGGGAGCCGCUGAGGGAGCCGCCGAAGACGUCGCGGCGUCCACAGACAGCAGCGUGGCGGGCAGCGACGAUGAAGAAGAAGAAGCAGAGACUUAACGCUGCCUCGCCGCUGGUCCGAGAGCAUUUGCAGGCUCCCCUCGAGACCCCCCCUCUCCUCCUCCUCCUUCCCCGAUGCAAAAGUUGCGCAAGCUCCACUCCCAAUCAAUGAAUAUAAAUAAAUAUAUAUAUAUAUAUGUAUGUAUAUGCGUGCACGUUUCCUUGUUAGGAUAUCACCAGCGUGCUUUUGAGGUAUUGAAAAGCAGUAUUUAGUUUGUGUGUGUGUGUGUGUGUGUGUAUAUAUAUAUAUAUAUAUUCAUAUAUAUUCAUGUAUGGCUGCGACUGAAGCUGCGUAUGUGUCCUAAGUUGCCAAGAAUCCUGCUUAACUGACAGCCGUCUUAAAUCCCACCAUUGCUUGUCGGCGUUCAGAGCCCAUCCGCGGGCGAAGUAACGAACAACACCAUAAAUCUCUACAGACACCCCCCAGAUUUGAACGCUUUUCCCCUGUUUUUGCUCCGAUGCCAGCCAGUCAUAACCCUCCCUGUACGAUACCAAUUCUUGCCUGCAGUGGAUUUCACCAGCAUGGGCUUGGAAUAGCUGGUUUUCCUGAUAACUAAUUGAUUUAUUUUAUUUUUUUUAAAGUAGCAGAAUCAUUGACGACGUGUUCGCACUCCCCGCGGCCGGGGGGGGGGGAGGUUCGAAAGAUUAGGCUCCGAAGACGCUCCUCCGGCGUGCGUAAAAAAAAAACUUCCGUGUGACUCACAUCCUUUGUUCGUUAACAGAAGUUCGACGCCGGGGGGGAAGCUAGGUAAUAAAACGGGAGGGGGAACGGACGGACAGUGAAGGAGCUGAAUUCUGAUCUUUCGAUAAAUUUGCGUUUGGAUUAUUAACUCAUUGGAAACACGUGGGGGAGCGCAUUUGGAAGUGCGAUCCUUGCCUUGUUCCCGGUGCUUUAACUGUUCAACUGGAGUUGUGUUUCGAGCAUUUGUCGAGACCCCCGAGUGUACGAAGCCUGUAUUUUUUUAUACUGGAUUGAUUAUAGGAGAUAACUACGAAUAAAAUCGUUUUGAGAUUCA